AACGACAACUGCGAGCCUACAAACUGUUCACACCCAACCAGAAAACUGCGGAACCUCAUCUGUACCCUCAAGUUGGACAACUUGUAGCACUUAAAUACCCGUCCACACACGCUCAUCGUUCAAGUCACGAUGGCACACUCAGACGAAGAAGAAGACUACAUGACAAUGACAUUUGAGGACCCCAAACCAAAAUAUGAAACCUCACUCCAACGCGCUGCACGCGAGAGACGGGAGGCCGAGGAUCGAUCUCGCCAGAAAUCCAAAGCCGAGCUGAAAGAAGAAGAGGAGCGAGCUCGCCAUGCCGCACUGUCAACAGCCUUGCCAACCGACAACAAAGGCUUCAAGAUGAUGGCCAAGUUCGGUUUCAAGCAAGGUGAUGCGUUGGGCAAGUCCGAGAAUGCGAGGAAAGAGCCAAUCCACAUCAGCCUCAAGGAGGAUCGGUCUGGUAUCGGGCUGGAGUCGGAGAAGAAGCGGAAGUUUCGAGAGCGGAUGGAGCAGGCGGAACGGGAGGCGAAGAGGUCGAAGACGCAAGAGUUGGACUAUCGAGAGGCGCAGCGGCAGCGGUUGAAGGAGAAGAAACUUGAAGCUGACUUGAAGAAGGCGCAGAGGGCGGCGGAACGACUUCAUGGAGAGAAAGAGAAGACGGAAGAUCCGGACAAGAUUCCGCUUAAGAAUAUCAACGUCCUGUGGAGGGACUUGGCCCGCGAACGCUUGGAGGAGCUCCGUGAGAAGAAAGAGAAACAUCAACUCCUCAACCAUCGCCUCAAUAAACGGAGUCCCGUAUUCAACGAUGAGGAUGAUGAAGAAGACGCUGACGACAAACUCGCCUUGGGGCGUGAAGACGCUGUACCAUUGGUGGAUGACGAUUUGGAAGAGGAAGAUCCAGAGCUGGAGGAGUUCCGUUCUCUUCCGCUUGAAGAGCGAGUGCAGAAGCUUGUUGCAUUCCUUCGCGAUGAGUACCACUACUGCUAUUGGUGCGGCCACAAGUACGACGACGCAAACAUGGACGGUUGUCCUGGAACCACGGAGGAAGAGCACGAUUGAGCGCGCGGGAAAGGACAUCAAUUGAUUUCUAUUGAAGUGCAUGAUGAACUGGUGCCGUCCUCAUACAAGUGAUUAUCGGGCUGCUGAUGCAGCGGGGCGUGUUUUAGGGGCUGGAAGCUCAUGUGUGAGUACUACCGUGGUACCCACGUCCCAGG